UUUAUCAACAAUAUUUAUUUAUUCUCAUUCACAAGCUUAUAAUAUUUGAUCAAUUCGAAGCAUAAAUUGCUGAUGUGGACAGAAAACUUGGAUGCUAUUGUUUUUUGAUAUUGAAUUUUGAAUUUUUAUAAGCAUGUGUUUUAAAAAUAUACAGAAAUACUGAAAUGUUUACUGUGUUCGCAACAUGGCUGCCCUGCACAAUGCUAAUACAAAACAUUCCGAGAAAUGUUUUUCCGAUUGAGCUCCUUAUAAAAAUCUGAUUUUGAAAGCUUCUAUAAGGACCAGAUAAAAGACAUAAUGAUGGAAUCUUCUGAACAAUGUGCUUUGAAUGGUUCUGCGGAUCCAGAUGAAUCGCCUGCUGGGACAGAAGGAAUUGUUGCUACCAACUAUGAGAACUAUGCUGGAGAAGACUUGUCACUUAAUCAAGUUAUGGAGAAUCAAAUAACUGAGCAAGUAGUCGGAUAUUUAGAUGAAGAGAGUGCUACUCUAGUUUUACAGUCACAAGGACUUGAGCUAAAUGGAAAGCGUUUAAUACUUGCUCAAGGUACUGCAGGAAAUGAAAUACUUGUUUUUGUGAGUACUGAUCAAGAUGCAGCUCUUGAACAUUCAUUUGUACAAUCAAUAACAGAUUCUGAUGGUAAUCAUACUUUUGCAAUAGAAUGUGGAUCAAAUAACCUGGAAGCUAUUAGUGGUGAAGGAAUCCAAAGAAUACAAUUAAUUGGGGCAAAUGAUUUACAAAAUAUUGACAAAAAUGAAACAUUAUUUAUUCAGCAAGCACAGGCACUUGAAUAUUUGGGCUCUGAUAACAAUCACUAUUCAUCUGAAGCUCUAGGAAAUACUGUAUGCCAAGUACAGGAGAAAGAUGCUACCGCUGAAAUGGUUUUUAUUCCUACUGAGUCUCAGGUUAUUUCUGCAGGUAAUACAAGAUUAUUACAUCUUGCUGAUGUUGCACAUUCUGAAUGGUCAACAUCAGAAACACAUGAUAAAGAUGCCAUCGAAUUUGUUAAGAAAGUAAAUGAAGGAUCUGUUAUUGUGAGAGGAAUACGUGCUCGUGUUGAUUCUGAUUUUUGUAAGGAAGGAGAAAUGAGCAUCAAUGCUGUAAAUGACCAAGCCAAUAAUAAUAGUUUGCAGGAUGAACACAUGAUUCCUGAAAUUGAAACAUCUUCACCUGGAGUGGAAGGGGAAUCAUUGCUUUUAUCUAUACCCCCUCGGGAUAUUAACAAUGCUGUUUCCGUUAUAAUAACUUCUUCUCCAGGUCUUAGUGGUAAUGAAAGUUGGAGAACAGUAAAUAUUCAAGAGUCAGAGGAACUUACCAAGGAGACUUGUCAGCCAGAUGUAAAACUUCCAUCAGUAUCAACAGAUAUAAUUAACAUCAAAUAUGCUAAUUUGAAAGAAACUCAAUGUUCCGAUUUAUCUUCUCAAAAUACUUUUAUAGAAGAAACUAGCAAUCAUUCUCAUUUAAAAGAUAGUACUGAUUGUUCAAAUAAAGAUGAUACUGCAAACUAUAAAGCACAUGCUGUUGAAGAACCGAUGGAUGAAGAUACGAAUGAAUCUAUUCCACUUCAAUUAACUUCCAGUAAAAAUAUUGAUGAAGAUGAUUCAGAACAAAAAGAUAGUAUCAGUUGCAGUGAAGAUGUUUCACAACUAAAAGAUAGUAUCAGUUGCAGUGAAGAUGUUUCACAACUAAAAGAUAGUAUCAGUUGCAGUGAAGAUGUUUCACACCUAAAAGAUAGUAUCAGUUGCAGUGAGGAUGUUUCACAAAUAAAAGACAGUAUCAAUUGUAGUGAGGAUGUUUCACAACUAGAAGACAGUAUCAGUUGCAGCGAGGAUGUUUCACAACUAGAAGAUAGUAUCAGUUGCAAUAAUGAUACUUCAAAACCAAAAGAUAAUAACAGUUGCAAUGCGAUUGAUUCAAAACAAAAUGAUAGUAUCAAUUGCAUUGAGAAUAAUUCAAAACAAGAGUACAAUCUCAAUCUCAAUGAGGAUGAUUCAAAACGAAAGGAUGAUAUCAGUCCCAAUGAGAAUGUUUCAAAACAAAAGGAUAAUAUCAGUCCCAAUGAGGAUGAUUCAGAACAAAAAGAUAAUACCAAUUCCAGUGAGAAUAAUCCAAAACAGAAAGAUUGUAUCAGUUGCAGUGAGAAUAUUUCACAACUAAGAGAUAGUAUCAGUCCCAUUGAGGAUGUCUCGCAACUAAAAGAUAGUACUAGCCUCAGUGAGGAUGAUUCAAAACAAAGGAAGAGUAUCAUUUGCAAAACAGAUGAUUUAAAACAAAAGGAUAGUAUCAUUAGUAAUGAGAAUUAUUUAAAACAAAAGUAUAGUAUCAUUAGUAAUGAAGAUGAUAUGAGGCAAAAGGAUAGCAUCAUUAGUAAUGAAGAUGAUUUAAAGGAAAAGGAUAGUAUCAGUUGCAAUGAGGAGGAUUCGAAACAAAAAGAUUGUGUCAUUUGCAGUGAUAGUGAUUCAAAUGCCACAGUGGAUGUUGACCAAAUUGAAAAUUUAGAUAAUAAAAUUUCUUAUAUAUCUUUAAAGAACUUUGAAAAUGCAAUGAAACAAAAUAAUAGUAUUAAUUGUAAUAAUAAUGGUUUGAAUAUCUCAAUGAAUGUUGAUGAAAUUCAAAACUUAAAAAAUACAUUUUCUGAUCCAUCUUCAAAGAACUUUGAAAAUGAGAUCAAACAAAUUGAAAGUAUCGGUUGUAAUGAUAAUGAUUUGGAUAUCUCAAUGGAUGUUCACCAAAUUCAGAACUUGGAUAAUAAAAUUUCUGACUCGCCUUCAAAGAAUUAUGAAGCUGAAAUUAAGCAAAAAGAUAGUAUUAUCAGUUGCAGUGAUAAUGAUUCAGAUACUUCAGUAGAUUUUGACCAAAUUCAAAACUUAGAGAAUAAAAUUUCUGAUUCAUCUUCAAAGAAUUAUGAAAAUGAAAUCAAACAAAAUGAAAGUUUCAUUUGCAAUGAUAAUGAUUUGGAUAUCUCAAUGGAUGUUGACCAAAUUCAGAACUUAAAUAAUAUAAUUUGUGACUCACCUUCAAAGAAUUAUGAAGCUGAAAUUAAGCAAAAAGAUAGUAUUAUCAGUUGCAAUGAUAAUGAUUCAGAUACUUCAGUGGAUGUUGAUCAAAUUCAAAAUUUGGAUAGCAAAAUUUCUGAUCCAUCUUCAAAGAAUUAUGAUAUUGAAAUUAAACAAAAAAAUAAUAUUAUCAUUUGCAAUGAUAAUGAUUCAGAUACUUCAGUGGAGGUUGAUCAAAUUCAAAACUUGGAUAAUAAAAUUUCUGAUCCAUCAUCAAAGAAUUAUGAAGUUGAAAUUAAACAAAAUGGAAGUAUCAGUUGCAGUGAUAAUGAUUCAGGUACUUCAGUGGAUGUUGACCAGAUUCAAAACUUAGAUAGUAAAAUUUCUGAUCCAUCUUCAAAGAAUUAUGAUAUUGAAAUUAAACAAAAAGAUAGUAUUAUCAUUUGCAAUGAUAAUGAUUCAGAUACUUCAGUGGAGGUUGAUCAAAUUCAAAACUUGGAUAAUAAAAUUUCUGAUCCAUCAUCAAAGAGUUAUGAAGUUGAAAUUAAACAAAAUGGAAGUAUCAGUUGCAGUGAUAGUGAUUCAGAUACCUCUGUGGAUAUUGAUCAAAUGCAGAACUUAGAUAAUAAAAUUUCUGACCCAUCUUCAAAGAAUUAUGAAGUUGAAAUUAAACAGAAUGGAAGUAUCAGUUGCAGUGAUAAUGAUUCAGAUACCUCUGUGGAUAUUGACCAAGUUCAAAACUUAGAUAAUAACAUUUCUGAUCCAUCUUUAAAGAGCUGUGAAAUUGAAAUUAAGCAAAAAGAUAGCAUUGAUUGCAAUGAUAAUGAUUCAGAUACCUUAAUAGCCACUGACCAAAUUCAGAUUUCGGAUAGUAAAAUUUCUGAUCCUUCUUCCUAUAACGGCGAGAAAGAAAUUGAGUCUACAAAUUUUGAAGAAGCAUGUUCUGAUAUUCAAACUUGCCCUGAAAGUCCUCUGUUAUCACAUAGGGAUAAUUCUAAAUCAGUAAGUUCUUCCUUUUCUAUAAAUAGUCAAUCAAAAGAUCAUAAUCUCAAUAAAUUGAAUCAACUUCAGUUUGUUAGUUCAAGUAAAUUAAAGAAGGCCAUAGAUGAAUAUGAAUUUGAAAACAGUUCAAGUAAUUUAGAUGCAGAAUUGAAUCACAAUAUUUCUCUGAAUGCUCAAGCUUCUGAUACGAGAAAUUCUACUGAUAUAAAUACAGAAAAUGAUGUCACUGAAGUCAGUCAAAUAGUUAAUUCUGUUGUUGAAGAUCUGAUUGGAAAUCUAACAUUUCAUCGAACAUUAACUCCUGUUACUGAUAGCAUAAAACUUAAUCAAAAUCCUGCUUGCAACGAAAAUAAUGAAACUUCCAAUGAUAAUUCUCAAGAUCUGUUUGAUCAAGAUUUACAAAAUGAUGAAAAAAAUUAUUCUAGAAAGAUGUUAAAAAAUAUUGAUGAAGAAUUACUUAAAAAUAAACAAAAUUCUGGUUCUGUUGAGAAUAACCAUACUGAUCAGAUUGAAAAAUCUGAAGAAACGUCAGUUGUAAAAAGUGGUGUGAGUAAUGAUAGUAAACGUGACAAAAGCAAUAAUAUGAAUUUAAAUUUAGCUGCUUCUGAUGAAACUACUGUUAAAACACCACAACGAACUUAUGUUCGUAAAAGAAGAAUUUCUGAUACAUCAAAAAAUAUUGAACUGUUUUCUUUAGAUGAAUUAUCUGGUCCCAAAGAUGAAAUCUCUUCGCAUCGAACCCCAAAGAUUUUUUGUCCUGACAACCAAAAGAAACAAAUUAGAAAUGAUGAGAACAAUUUGACUGAUGAAGAUGGGUAUGUUAAUUUAAUAUCUUCUGAUAUGACAAAUAGAAUUAAGGCGAAAGGUACAUCUCCUCCAAUGGAUGAUAGAAGAAUUAGAAGUUUAAGACCACGAUCUUCAGAUCAUAUGGAAAAAAUUCCUGAACAUGUUAAGGAUACUGAAGAUUCAGUUAGUACAUGCUGGGGAGCAUAUUUAAUGGAAACAUCAUUUAAGCCCAGUAACGCAGAAAAAAUGGAAGAAGAUGCACCAAAAGUAUCCUCAUUAGAUGCUUCAAAGGAGGAAUCUCCAAAAAAUCUUCUUAAAAAGAGAAUACGAACUCCUUCAUAUAAAAAAAUAAAUACUGAAAGUGAUAGCUAUAAAAGUGGACGACAAUGGGAUAAGCUAAUUAAAAGUUCACCAGUUAAAAUUAGGGAUGCAUCUUCUGAUAAAAGAAAAAUUAGGGAGAAAGUUAAAAAACAAGUAGAAAAAACUCUUCGAAACUCUGAAAAUUUUAAUAGUUCACCUAUCUCUAAAUAUAAAAAAGGCAGGCUAAGUAAGCUUAGUAAAGCAUGUAAAACUGUUUUAUGUUCAACAUUUCCUUCUCCACAUGAAAAGAUAAAAACUUGUGGUAUUAGGUUUCUUAAUGAUAAUUCAACGGAAAAAAAUAAUUCUAGUGCAGUUGAUGAUCUGAGUAUUCCUUCGACAUCAACUCAGGAUUUGAAUAAUUUCCAAUAUAAUUGUACAAAUUGCAGUUUUGUUAGUAAUAAAGUAAAUAAUUUUAUUAUCCACAUGAAAUACUGUACAUUUAAGUCUUCAACCAAUAUGAUAGAUUAUCGAGUUGAUGAUAUGGAAAGGCGGCAACGAAUCCGUGGAGAUUUCACUGAAAAUAAUUCGACGGCAAAGAAGAAGUCUUUGAGUGGUAUGAUAGAUUUUCGAUUUAGUGACAAGGAAAGGAGACAACAGAUACAUGGAGAUUUCUCUGAAAGUGAUUCGUCUAUAGAAAAACCUUCGAGUGGUAAGAUAGAUUAUCGAUUUAAUGACAUGGAAAGGAGACAGCGAAUACGUGGAGAUUCCUCCGAAAUUGAUUCAUCUGUAGAGAAGUCUUCGAAUGUUACAAUAGAUUAUCGGUUUAGUUACAUGGGAAGGAAGACAACAGAUUUUUCUGAAAGUGAUUCACCUGUAGAUAAGCAUUCGACUGAUGGGAUAGACUAUCAAGUUAAUGACAUGGAAAGGAGGCAACGGAUACGUGGAGAUAUAUUCGGAAAUGAUAUACCUGUCGAGUGCAGUUCUACUUCACAGAAUUUUUCAAAUGUUUCUCUUGUUGAUUAUUAUGAAAAUGCAUCAGUAGGUUCAGAAAAUGACGAUGAAGGCGAAAUGGAGGUGGUGGAAGAAGAACCAAAACCAAGAGAAAUAUCCAAUAAGAAAAAAUAUGGAUAUAAAGAAAAUGAAAUAGUGUGGGCAUUAGUUAAUGAUAGAUUUUGGCCUGCCUUGGUACAUAAGAUUGAUCAUGAGAAAGUUGUAUUAUAUUUUAUUGAUCGUCCAAACAAGGAAGGAACAAGUGUUACCAAUGUGCAUAUGAAUGUCCCCAUUAAUGAAUUGCCCAGUAAGGUACAUACCUUUAAUGAUGCGAAAUGGAAUAAACAAUUGUUGACAGAUGCAGGGGAGUUGCCAGAUAAUGAUAUUUUUGUUAAGGCUGUUCAGAAAGCUGAUUCAUAUAUAAGGAAAAGAUUUCUUUAUGAUGCAGAUAUUGAUGGAUUUGCUUAUUUUGGUGUCCGUAGAAAUGUUGAAUAUGCAGAUGGAGUAGACAUUGCAGAUAUCAACGUACUUGAAGAAAAUAUUUAUGUAAAUAAAGAAACAAUAAUUGACAUGAAAGAAGUGGUGCAAGCCAUAUAUCAAGGACGUUGUGAUCAACAUGUUGUUGAUGUCUACCAAGAAAUAAUAAAAAGUGAUAGGCAUAUAUUUCAUUGUACAAGAGACGGAAAAAAUCUGAAGCAAUUAUCUUGGUUUGGUCCUUUCAAACAGAACCCCAAUUUGCAGAUCAAGUUACAUGAUUACUUUAUUAACUUGUUCAAAUCGAAAUUUGGCCCAAAAAAAGACGUGUCUUCAUAUAUAUAUGAAGUUUGGAUUCCGGAGGCCAUUAUAAAAGCUAUAUCUCUUAUAAAACAUGUAAGCCUAUUAGAAGCUCAAAUUGUCUUCUUUAGUCAAGACAUGCAGAGUCUAGGUGAAGAUGACUUUGCAGCAGAAACUGGUGGUUCAUAAAUUUUCUCUUGUCUGUGAGACAUUUUAAAUUUCAUGCCAUUUGUGUCACAAAAGAGAAUAAAAUGUAAGACUCUCCUUAAGAAAA